AGAAAAACAAACAUAAACAAUGGAGAAUAUGAGAAACGGCGGAGAAAACGGUUCUCACUGGAUUCCAUUUAUGUUCUUUGAUCGAUCUUCGGUAACGAUUCAUCUUCUAAAGUGGUUCGGCCUGGGAAAUUCUUCUCCAUCAUCCUCAUUCUCAUUUCAAAGCGAAGAAGAAGAUGUUGUGGAGACAAAGGAGGAGGAAGAUGUUAUGACCGUCAAUAUCACAGAGCGUCGGUUGAAGAAGAGUAAGCCUAAACCAAGACCAAGCUCAGGAAAAGGAGGAAAAGUUCAUUAG